AUGUUACCCAUAUCGCGCGCUCUUAUCGAUCUUCGAGUACCACUCAUGGCACGAGAAAUAUUUCCCAAGGACCCUUCGAAACGUGUUAUGGCUGAAUCGCCGAUCCACCAUAUCAGUACAAUUUAUUCG